GCCCUCGCUCUAAGCGGAAGCCCUGCGCCUCCGCAGCGCCUGCCGCCCCGCCCCGUCAGCGGGAGGCCAAUGAGCUCGCAGGGCCCGCCCCUGACGACGCGGGCCCCGCCCCCUGGAGACGCGCCGCCAGGAGCCCAAAUCCGCCUGGCUACCUGGCGACUCGCGGCCGCCUUCCGGCAGGCCCGCCGCCAUGAAGUUGACGCGGAAGAUGGUCCUGUCUCGGGCCAAGGCCUCGGAGCUGCACAGCGUGCGGAAGCUCAACUGCUGGGGCAGCCGCCUCACAGAUAUCUCCAUCUGCCGUGAAAUGCCCAGCCUGGAAGUGAUCACACUCAGCGUCAACAGCAUCUCCAGCCUGGAGCCCAUGAGCCAGUGCCGGCAGCUGAGAGAGCUGUACGUGCGGAGGAACCGCAUUCCCAGCCUGGCGGAGCUCUUCUACCUAAAGGGCCUGCCGCGCCUGCGGGUGCUGUGGCUGGCCGAGAAUCCCUGCUGCGGUGCCGAUCCCCGCCACUACCGCAUGACCGUGCUGCGCAGCCUGCCCCACCUGCAGAAGCUGGACAACCAGUCUGUGACUGAGGAGGAGCUGUCCCAAGCAUUGAUGGAGGGAGAGGAGGUCACAGCCCCCAGCAGAGAGGGCACGGGGAACGGCCAGCCCGAGCUCUCCUACGCCUUGCAUGCUGUGAACGGCACUGCCGAGACCCAGCAGGACCUGCUGCAGCCCAGCGAGGAGGAGGCCAGUGUCCAGGGGCAGCUCUGCCUGAAGCCCCCUUCCCAGGACCGGCUUCCUCCCUUCUCCCAUAGGGAGGCUGCAGCCAGUUGCAAGAGCAGGGCUUCCGGAAUGAUGGCAUCAGAGACGAGCUGCCUGAGGUUUGCAUCAGUGGCCCCACCCCAGUCACCCGCCACCAUAAGGACACCUGCGGCAGCAGGGGUGGGAGGAAGGCACUUGCCUUUGCUCCCCGUCUAAAGAGCCCUGCAGCGAGGGGAGGCCUUGCCCCUUCCGCCUGGGGCCACGUGUGGCAGCUGGGUGGGAGGGGCAGCCUUCUGGAAACUGCUUGUCCUGGGAAUUGCCACCUGCCCCAGGAUGUCGUGUCCCUAGGAAGAGUCCCAAGCCCUGCCUAGAGGCACAGGGUCUGGGCGGUGGUGCUGCAGAGGCCACGGCUACCUCCUCACAGAAGGGGCGGAAAGCCCACCCACAGGUGCCAGCUGGCUGGGCCUGAGAGGGUGGGAGCAUUCCCCGCAGCCUCCUCUCGGGCUGGGACCCAGACAUCUGUGAGGUCCAUGUCCCUGUGCUGUUGUAAACAGGGUCACCCCCACUGCACUGCUGGGGGUCCUGGGGGCUCUGGUGCUUCUCUGCAGGGAAGCUCUGUAGUUCUCAGGGCAAGGCAGUGCCUGAGCAGCAGGAGGUAGGGAGUCACCUCGUGGGCCCCAGGAGGCAUGGCUGCUGGCUCUGUGUGCCUUCUCUUUAAACAAUAAAGCAUCUUCAUUAGAACAA